AUGGAAGCUGAGGAAAUGUUAACAACAUUUCCGCCUGGACUCGACGCGCUCUACAGACGGAUGAUGGGACAGAUCUACAACUUGAGAUGUGCUAAGCUUCUGCAAAGAAUACUGGCAGUCAUCUCGGUCGUGUACCGACCUAUCACAUUGGACGAACUGCCGGCCCUCGUGGAUACGCCCGGUCGCGCCUCUGACAAUGAAAAAGCUCUCGUAGAAAUCGUAGGGCUUUGCGGCUCGUUCCUGACACUGCGUGAACGCAUGAUAUCUUUCAUCCAUCAGUCCGCCAAGGACUUUGUGCUCAAACAGGCGCGUGAUGAGAUCUUCCCUUCUGGAAUAGAAGACAUACACCAUACCAUCUUCUCGCGCUCGCUUCGAUUUAUGCGGGGAAAAUUGCGACGCGAUAUUUACAACCGCGGCGCUCCUGGAUUUCCCAUCGACAAAGUCAGAAUACCUGAUCCAGACCCGCUAGCCGCAGUACGGUACUCGUGCGUAUACUGGAUUGACCAUCUACGUGAUUCAGAUCCCAAUAAGCACGCGAAGAAGGACCUCCAGGAUGGUGGACCGAUCGAUACCUUUCUGCGCGAGAAGUAUCUCCACUGGCUCGACGCUCUUAGCCUUCAAAGGAGCAUAUCAGAAGGAGUAACGGCAAUGCUGAGCCUUGAGAGUUUGCUUGAGGCAAGGAAAGAGACGUCGCUUCUCAUCGAUCGAGUCCGAGAUGUAUGUCGGUUUAUCCUUUACCACAGAUGGGCAGUUGAGAACAGCCCUCUUCAGGUUUCAAAAAUGAGGAGCCUAAAUGGAUCAUCCGAAAACCGACCAUGGCGGACAAUGGGAGCGCAUGCCUACAAACGCUCGAG